CGACAGCAGAGGAACAUGGCACUGCUGAAGUCGGGCUGGGUUUGGAGGCAGACUUCCGUCCUGAAACGCUGGAAGUUAAACUGGUGCGACCUUUGGAUAGACGGGAGUCUCUGCUUCUACAAGUCUGAGAGCAGGCGGGAUUUGGAGCAUCGGAUCAGUCUGAAGCUAACAUGUGUGGACGUCAGAUCUGGACUAGAAUGUGGAGAUGUGACUCCACCAGAGAGUAACCCCAAAGAGAACCGCAUCGUGAUUCAGCUCAGAGACGGCUCCAAUGUUAACCUGUGUGCAAACAGCGAGGAUGAAUCCAUAGCGUGGAAACUGUCUUUGCUGGAGACCAAGAGGAACCCGAUGUUCACAUAUGACCCGUACGAUGACUCCUACCAGGAAGUUCCCAUCAACAGAUACCAAACGGUUUACAUCACACCUGGAGCAGGACCAGGAACCCACCAGGUGAUCGUCCAUAGGGACCCAUACGACGGAGUGAUGGAGAAUCUGGCACUUGGGUUACUGGCAGGUGUAGCAGCAGGGACGGCCAUGAGAUCCUUCCUCUGGAUGCCCUUCUUCUUCUGCUGAGAUCAUCUUCAUCAGUGACAUGAUGACUCUGCACAUAGCCUGUGUGUUCUCAUGGGCUGGAUGUACUGGGACGUCUGCGUGUGUAGAAAGCCUUUUCUCCACCUCUAGCUGUAAGCGCUUGUAAACCCAGUUUGCUGCUCUUGUGUUUGUUCAGUUUCUUUGUGGUAUGAGACUGAAGAUGCUGACCUGUAUGCUUUGUUUUACUCUGUAUUUCCUGAUUGUAUAUAAACCACUAAAUGUAUUCAGACACAUUUACAAUCAUCAGGGAGGUCAUUUUGUAACUGAAUGUUCUUUUGUCUGAUGCCUGAAUUUUACACUUUAAGCUUCACUGAAGUGUAUUUUUUAAACGGUAUAUCCUGUACAUACAUUCAUGCAAUGCAUUUUGAGAAGCAAUGUUUAUCUUAGAUUAUUUACAGCAUGCAAGAAGAAACUGAAAAUAUAGUUUUGGAUUGUAUUGUGUGACUAAUUCAAUAAAAAAGCUAAGU